GGAUGAGGUGGUGGCUGCUGGUGGCAGCUCUGUGGAUCCUGGUGGUCCUGACGGUACCAGACAUUCAGGCGAGGAACCGACCUCACAAGCAAGACAGACUGUCACGUCGAGCCAAGAGGAAGAGGGCUGGACAAGGUCAUGGGCGUGCCACAGAGUCCAGAGUCAGACUGGUUCCUGGUCCCAGUGUCCCAGUGGAACGUAAAGGGAACACGCUGUACCUGGAGUCCUACAGGAACCUUCCAGAACAGCACACCAGCUACAACAUUAUUCCAGGUAAACAGGGCCAGUGUGCAUACCAGGACCUGACCAUGUUCGACCAGGCCGUGUGGUCCCCGAAGCCGUGCGUGACGUGUCUCUGCACCAGAGGGCGGGUGGUCUGUGACGAGGUCACCUGUCCCAGAAUGCACUGCCAGUUCUCCUUCACCCCCGCCGGGCAGUGCUGCCCGGUCUGCAGCGAGCCAGGCCCAGGACUCAGCCUUGAAUUUUCUGGUGACUCCCCAGUUCCUAAUGACCCUGGCGAACCCUUGACCCCACUGACAAAGGAGGAGAUCCAGCGAGCCCUCUGGCGGGAGGAAGAGAAGCUCCUUGAGGAGGAGGACCGCCAGAGGAAAAAGGACGAGGCAAAGAAGAAGAGGAGAAAGCAGAGGAAGGAGCAGGAAGAACGGCAAAGGAAGCUGGUAGAGAAGAGGAGAAAGGUGGAAGAGGAGGAGCUCAGACUUCAGGUGGAGAUGGAAGAGGAGAAGUGGAGGAGACCGGAGGAAAUAGACAGGAGCUGGAAGGAGGAAACAGAGAGUGAAGCCAGGGAGAAGGAAAGGAAACUUGAGGUGGAGGAGAAGAAGCAAGAGGAGAUACUCAGAAAAAAGUCAGAGGCUGCAGAGGAGGUGUGGCUUAGGGGAGACGUGUUUCAAAUGCCUCCAAAAGAACCAGAGAAACCUAAUCUCCUCCCCACCCCGAUCCCCAGACCUCUGACUGUGACUGAGGAGGAGCUGGAGGAGGACACGGUGCUGGUGGUGAACAGAGGAGGCCUCCCUCCAGGCUGCGACAUCUCUGAGGACACUGUGACAUGUGACAACGCCAAACUCACAUACUUCCCGCCUCUGUCCAUCGCCGAGCUCAAAUCCCUCAGUCUGGAGGGUAACAACAUCAGCAGCAUUCCAGCUGAAGCAUUCAACGGAAUUCCAAACCUGGAAUGGAUCAACCUGAAGAAGAACAAACUGACGUCCGCUGGCAUCGACGCCAAAGCCUUCAAAGGUUUACAGAUGCUGAGACGUCUCUACCUGGACGGAAAUCUUCUAGAGGCCGUGCCCUCUGACCUCCCUCCAACCCUCCAGGAGCUGAAGAUCAGUGAAAACAAAUUGAGAGGCAUCAACAAAAACAGCUUCCAAGGUCUGAGCAGCCUGGUGAUCCUGGAGUUGGAAGGGAAUCUGCUGAGUGAAGGAAACGUUGAUCCCGAGGCCUUCGCUCCCCUCAGCCAGCUGUCCUACCUCAGAUUCGGCAGGAACUACUUCCGCACAGUUCCACAGGGUCUCCCCGCUACACUACUGGAGCUCUACCUGGAGAACAACCUGAUUGAAGAGAUCUCAGAGACGGUUUUCAAUCAGACCCUGAGUCUGAAUGUAGUUUGUCUGAGACACAACAAGCUGGAUGAGACCAGGAUUGCCCCCAUGUCCUGGAUCAACCACAGGAAUCUGGAGUCUAUCGAUCUUUCCCACAAUCAUCUCUACCUGGUUCCCUCCUACCUGCCCAGAUCAUUGGUCCACCUGGUUCUGGUUGGCAAUCACAUAGAGAGAAUACCAGGUUACGUGUUUGCUCACAUGGAGCCCGGCUUAGAGUAUCUCUACCUGUCCUACAACAAACUGGACGGCGAGGGAAUCGAACCGGAGUCAUUCUUUGGCUCAUACAACUCCAUGGUGGAACUGUGCUUAGACCACAACCAGCUGGUCACGGUUCCUUCAGGCAUCAACGAGAUGACCAGUUUACACUUCCUCAGACUCGACAACAACAGGAUCAGGAACAUUGCCGAUGAUGGACUCUGUGAUCCAAACCAUAGUGGAGACUCCACCUUGGUGGCCUUGAGGCUGGAGAACAACUACCUCGACCCUCAGAAGAUCUCGCCGACAGCCUUCUCCUGUGUGCACUACUCUUCCAGUGUGGUUUUAAAACCACAGAGGACCAAGUGAGUGGACGCCCACAAGAUCCCAGAAAGACCAGCCUCCAGGAGAAACAACACUUUAUUUGAAGGCUUUGACACUUUGCAGUCACAUUUGAAGACAAAUCUCAGGUCGAACUUUCUGGGAACGACCUCAUCUGGUAUGAUUGGGGAAAAUAACAGUGAUAAUUAAUUAAUUCUGAAAAUGGAACAAAGACUGCAGGUCAGCUAAACGCAGAUGAAUGUAAAGUUCUGUUUGUUUGUUUCUUUGUAAAUUAGCAGCAAAUAACACACAAAUCUUUUGGCACCACCAUCUGGAUGCACAAGCUAACUUUAGGUCAGACUUUCUUCCUUAAACAGAAACGCUUGUUUAAGGUCUACGAAUGAUACAGUGUCACGCUAAUGCUAACCAGUAAAAACAAAGAAAAAAACAAAACAAAAAAUAAAUAAAUAAAUGUAAUGCUGAUAGUAAGAAUGCUUCCAAAUGCUAAUGUGUCAACAUUACAGGCAAAUAAUAGCACAGAAUCUGUUAGAGUUCAUACUUCUGUCAAAGUCUAAAAUAUCACACUGUGCAUUAAAACAACAACAAAACAAUAUUCAAA